AUGGUAGUUUUAGAUAUAAAACCUACAUGUAUAGGAAAUUCCCAAUCUCUUCAUAUUCAUACAGAAAAAUUUACAAUCAAACAUUUUUUAGGAAUUAAAAGACCAAGUUAUAGAAUCAUACCAUAUGAUAUUAGAAUUUCAGCAUAUUUAUCUAAAGAGGAGUUUGAAGAGAUUCUCUUUGAAAUAAAUAAUUAUAAUACAAUUAAAUAUCCAUAUUUAAAUAUAGUAAUCUUUGUAUUAAUGAUAUUAGGUUUAAUUCUAUGUUUUUUAAGUCUUAUCGAUAAAAAUAAUAUUUUUUGUUACGUUGCCGUCGGAUUAUUUACACCUAUAUUGCCCAUUGUUUUUUGUUCUAAUAAAUUAACCUCUGAAUAUUUAAAAAAUAUACGAUUGGCUGUUGUCCUUUUUAAUAAAAAGUAUAAUAUAAGAGGUUUGCACUUUGUCGAGGCAAAAAGAAAAAAGCAAGUUAGAUGUUAUCCAAGAACUGGAGCAAUAUUCAUUAUCCUCCCAAAAGAAGAGAACCAUCUUGAUAUGAAUAUACCAUCAAAUAAAUAA